AGAAAUAUUUGUUGUUGAAGAAACACUAAUGAUAGAAGAGAAGCAGCAACAGGUAACUGAAAUAUGGAAGACCCAGAGUCAAUUUUAUUCAAAUUUAAGGGAUACUAUUUUAGUCAGAUAGGACUUGAUAUCGACUUCAUAGAAAAUUUAGAAGAUUUUGAAAUCAGAGAAGAUGAUGUCUUUAUAAUCACAUACCCCAAAUCUGGGACCAUCUGGUUUCAGCAGAUAUUAAGCUUGAUUUAUUUUGAAGAACAUUGCAAAAGGACUGCGAAUCUGAACACACUUGAUCAAGUCCCCUUCUUCGAGUACCACAGUAAAAAAAUAGAUUUUGCUGAAAGACCAUCUCCUCGUCUCUUUAGUACCCACCUCCCAUAUUACUUGUUUCCAAGUGGGACGAAGAACAAAAAACCAAAAAUUAUUUAUGUAUACAGAAACCCUAAGGAUGUUGUGUGCUCAUAUUAUUACUUUCUCAAGCAUGUGACCUUACAAGUUACAGGUUCCAUUGAGGAAUUUUUUGAACAAUUUCUAGAAGGAAAAGUGGUAGGAAGCCUUUGGUUUGACCACAUCAAAGGUUGGUAUGAGCAAAAAAGCCACUUCAACAUUCAGUUCAUGAUGUAUGAGGAGAUAAAGAAGGAUCUCAGAGGUUCUAUACUAAAAGUUUGCAAAUUUCUGGGGAAUGAAUUAAGUGACUAGGACAUGGAUUCUGUGGUGACACAGGCCAUGUUUGAGAACAUGAAGUCUGACCCACGAGCAAAUUAUGACACUAUAAUGCAGAGUGAUGGAGUACCAAAAAAAGGUCAUUUCCUUCGGAAAGGUGCCAUUGGAGACUGGAAAAAUCACAUGACUGUUGAGCAGAAUGAAAGGUUUGACAAGAUUUUCCAAAGAGAGAUGAAAGAUGUUCCCUUGAAGUUCAUCUGGGAUAUGAACGAAGAAUAGAAUUCUAAGCAACGCCUAACUAUUUUAAGAAAGCACUUUCAGAAGGAAAUACACUGAAUCGAACAUUUUCAUUUUUGACAGUCAUUGGCUAAUUAUUGAAAAACCUCAGUGAUUAAUAAAUAUGAAUA